AUGGAGUCAAUAUCGAGAAUCUCUGGCCUCCUGGAGGCUGCCAGAGAACUCACCCUCGAUGCCGCCCAGGCGACGCGCGGCGUGCGCACGACCUCCAAGAUGCUGGACCGCAACCAGAUGCGCAAGCUGCUCGACAGCCGCAACGACCGCGAGGUGCUGGAGGGUCUGCGGCGUGUCAUAGCUAUGAUGUACCGAAACCACAAGACGCUGCCCUUCUUCUCGUCUGUGGUCAAGAACGUCGCCUCGCCCAACUUCGAGAUCAAGAAGCUCGUCUACAUCUACCUCAUCCACCAUGCCGAGCAGGAGCCCGACCUCGCCCUGCUCUCCAUCAACACCAUCCAAAAGUCGCUCUCCGAUACGAACCCCCAAGUCCGAGCCCUCGCGCUAAAGACCAUGUCGGGCAUCCGCGUGCCCGUCAUCAGCCAGAUCGUGUCGCUUGCCAUCAAGAAGGGCGUCGCGGACAUGAGCCCUCUGGUGCGCAAAGCCGCUGCUCUUGCGAUCCCGAAGUGCUAUCGUUUGGACCCGAGUCAAUCGCCCCAGCUGUUGGAAUAUUUGGCUACGCUGCUGGGUGAUAAGCAGUAUUAUGUUGCUGGCGCGGCUGUGUCGGCAUUUGUGGAGGUUUGCCCCGAUAAGAUUGAUAUGAUACACAAACAUUACCGUGGUCUGAUCAAGAAGGUCGUGGACAUGGACGAAUGGAGUCAGCUUGCGACGCUGAAGCUGAUGACAUACUAUGCACGGAGAUGCUUUCCCCGACGGACUCAGCCAGCCGCGGAAGCUGAUGCCCCCCAGACGCAGACACAGACCACCAUGGAUGACUUUUAUGGGGAGUCAGGCUCAUCCUCCAAGCCCGCCGCGCAGUCGACCUCGCUGGACCCCGACCUCACUCUGUUGUUGAAUGGAAUCAAGCCUCUGCUGCAGAGUCGAAACUCGGGCGUUGUCGUGGCUGUCACAAGGUGUUAUAUGGACGUCGGUACACCGGAAUACGUGAAGCACGCCAUAGGGCCAUUGAUCGCGCUGUUGAGAGGGGCUCAGGACAUUCAGCAGAUUGCAUUGUACAACAUUGUGUCUGUGUGUCUUGUGCGUCCGCUUGACUUUGUCAAGUAUGCGAGCCACUUCCUGGUCAGGGCAACGGAUACCGCACCGAUCUGGGAGCUGAAGCUCGAAGUGCUGGCGCUCAUCUUCCCCCACAGUCCAGUUCACGUCAAAAGCCUCAUUCUUAAAGAGCUGGAACACUUUUCUCAGGGCUCCAACAAGGCUCUUGUGCGCGAAGCAGUCCGUGCCAUUGGACGUUGCGCGCAAGCGGAUGCAGCCACGGCUCCCAGGUGUUUGAAGCUGCUCCUGAGCCAGAUCACAAGCUUGGACGGAACGCUGGCUGCAGAGUCGCUGACAGUUAUUCGGCACCUCAUCCAGCAAGAUGCAGAAGCUCACGCAGGGACAGUUGUGCGCCUGGCCAAGAAUCUUGACUCAGCGACCGACCCCCAGGCCAGAGCAACAAUCAUCUGGCUGGUGGGCGAGUUUUCCGGUCUCAACGGCGAGGACAACAUUGCUCCCGACGUUUUCCGAAUCCUUCUCAAAGACUUUGCGAGCGAGUCCGAGGCAGCGAAGCGCCAGAUAUUACUUCUCGGCGCAAAAGUCUAUCUACACCACCUCAACCGCCAGAGUGAAGCCGAGAAAAAUAGACAAGGAGAGGAAGACCCUCCCGUGGAAGUAGAGAAGCACCCCAUCGAAAGGCUGUGGGACUACGUGCUGCUUCUGGUGCGAUACGACGUGUCUUUCGACCUGCGAGACCGAGCCCGCAUGUAUCGAGCCGUGCUCUCUGUGCCGCAGCUCGCCACACUGAUGCUCCUUGCACCGAAGCCGGCGCCUCAAGCGCCAAGUCCCUCCGAAUCGAGAAGGGGGUUCCUCUUGGGCUCUUCGACGCUCGUCCUGGCUGGAGGUGGCGGUCUGCACGGCCUUAGGGGAUACGAGACGCUGCCCGACUGGGUCGAGCCCGGCAAGGAGCCUGAUCCGCGGUUACGCGAGCCGGAAAGGGAUGCUGCGACGGCGCGGUAUAAUAACGACAGGCCUACGGUGGCGGCGGCUGAUAAGCUUGACGAGGUGGUGCGGUCGGCGCCAGUUGGGAAGUCGAAUGGGCUUGGGGAGGGUUUGAGGACGAAGACGUUGGACGAUUGGCUUGCUGAGGAGGAAGAGGAGGAAGAAUCUGAAGAGGAAGAAGAAGAGGAGUCUGAGGAGGAAGAGAGUGGGGAGGAAGAGUCUGAGGAUGAGGAGGACGAAGAGGAAGAGGAAGAUAGUGACGACGAUGGAGAGACGGAUCGAUUGGUCAAGUCAUGA